AUGUUGUCUUGGUCGACCUUCCUCGCAACCGGGCUCGCCGCCUCGGGAGCUUACUCCGCACCCGUUGAGGUGGCCCGGCGGGCGACACCGACGGUCUACCUCGCCGGAGACAGCACCAUGGCUAAGACUAGCGGUGCUCUCAUGGGCUGGGGCGAGUAUCUCUCCAAGUACAUCACGCUGCCCGUGGUGAACAAGGCCAUUUCGGGGCGGUCGGCGCGCAGCUACACCAACGAAGGGCGGUUCAGCGAGAUCGAGAAGCUGGUGCAGCGCGACGACAUCGUCGUCAUCGAAUUCGGGCACAACGACGGCGGGUCGCCCAACUCGGCGUCGGACAACGGUCGUAGCGACUGCCCUGGCACGGGCAACGAGGUGUGCAAGUCGGGCAAGACGGGCGAGACGGUCUACACCUUCAACCACUACGUCGAGACAGCUGCGCGCAGCUACAUCGCCAAGGGCGCCAAGGUCAUCGUUAGCAGCCAGACGCCCAACAACCUGUUCGAGGGCGGCACCUUCAUUCCCGGCGCGCCGCGGUUUGUGGGCUACGCAGCGCUCGCGGCCAAGAACGUUGGGAACGGAGCCAGCUUCCUCGACCAUUUCCAGGCUGUGGCCAACAUGUUCCUGAAGCUGGGCAGCGCAAAGACCAACGCGCUGUUCCCGCAGGACCACACGCACACCAGCCCCGCCGGUGCAGACCUCGUUGCUCAGGCUUUCGUGCAGGCGAUCGGGAGGGACUUUAACGGGACGACGCCGCUUAAGGGGUUCCUGAAGAGCCCGGUGCCGGUGGUGUGGUAA